AACUCAAAGUUAAAAUACUUGCCUGGAUUUCACAUUUACAGGUCAAAUCCAGGCCUCGGCAACCAAUCGACUGUUCCGCUGUGCAAUUAACUGUCAAUCAAGUUAAACAAUUGGUUGUCAGUUUCACCACAUCAGUUUACGAAUGAUCAACAGACGGUCCGGAGGCAGCGAGAGAGCGAACCCGCUCUUCUUGGCCUACACUACAGCCGAUAAAAUGAAAAGUUAGAGGCAAAACUUAGCUUUUGAGUGCGCCUAAGAAUGGCGAACUGUUGUACGAAGAGUGAAAAGGAAGAGGAAAUGAUGAUAAAUUUGGAGGACGCAAGUACUGAGCAGAAAGUUGAAUCUUGGUUGGACGAACACCCUGAGUUUGUGCAGUCGUAUUUUGCUCGCAAGGCGAACCGUUCUUUGGUAGAUUCAUGGCUUCACUCGCGGUCUCAUGCUCGAACUCCAAGCGGAACACCUCCGCCGUCCGGCAGCUCAACUCCAGUGCGGAAAAUUUCGGCCUCGGAGUUCGAAGGCAGGGGGAUUUUAAAACCUCUAGUUAAUGUUGUCGAUGGGCAACUGAGCUUUCUCUCUCCUAGCGAGCCCUCUCGCAAACGCUCAACUGCUCAUAGGAACCGAAAAUCUCGCCUAGAAUUACAGCAACUCGACGAGAAAGAGGUUCUAAUGGAGCUAGUAAAGGAUAUAUCAAACGAUUUAGACGUUCAGAGUUUAUGUCAUAAAAUUCUUCAAAAUGUCAGUAUACUUUUGAAUGCUGAUCGGUGUUCCCUUUUCCUGUGCCAAGGGCCAAAAGAGGGACCCAGAUUCUUAGUCUCUAAGGUAUUCGACGUGAACGCAGAAUCUAAACUUGAAGAUGUUCAAUGCUUGGAGGAAAUCCGCAUACCAUGGGGCACAGGCAUAGUAGGUUACGUGGCCGAAACAGGGGAAACUGUAAAUAUACCGAACGCAUAUGAGGAUGCUAGGUUUAACAAGGAAAUUGACAAGAAGACUGGGUACACUACUAGAAGCAUACUGUGUAUGCCUAUUAAGGACCACGACGGAGAGGUCAUAGGUGUGGCACAAGUUAUCAACAAAACAGGAAAAAGCACAGACUCUGCAUUUACGAUAGACGAUGAACAGAUCUUUUUGAAAUACUUAGUGUUCUGUGGCAUUGGGAUAAACAAUGCAGAAUUAUAUGAAAGAGCACAGCUUGAAAUUAGAAGAAAUCAGGUUCUACUGGAUCUUGCAAGAACAAUCUUUGAGGAACAAACAUCCUUACACAACAUUGUUCAUAAAAUCAUGAUGAUCACCCAAUCCUUGCUACAGUGCGAAAGGUGCUCUGUGCUCCUGGUUGACCCAACGUCUAAGACACUAUUUGCCCAAGCAUUUGAUCUAGAGGCCAAAGAUUAUCUUCAGAAUGACGAUGAUGACAAGACAGUUGUCAAGCAGAGAUCCUGUAAUAACAAGGAGGUCCGGUUUCCAAUCAACAUUGGUAUAACUGGUCAUGUUGCUACCACAGGGGAGACACUCAACAUUCCUGACGCUUACGCGGAUGAGAGAUUUGACCCCACUCAACUUGCUUUAUAUUCACAGGUAGACCAAGUAUCCGGGUUCACCACCAAAACAAUCUUGUGCAUGCCUAUCAAGAACGCUUCCGGUGAUAUCAUCGGUGUUGUUCAGCUGCUGAACAAAGUGGACGGUACUCCAUUCAACAAGAACGAUGAAAAUCUAUUUGAGGCCUUUGCGAUCUUCUGCGGUAUGGCUAUUCACAGUACUGUUAUGUAUGAAAACGUCAACAAGGCGAUGGCAAAGCGCAAGGUCGCCCUAGAGGUUCUCUCGUAUCACGCCGUGUCGCCAUUAGAAGAGGCUAUCAAGCUGAAGGAGGAACCUCUACCUCCGAUCACCAGCCUACGACUGAUCGACUUCGCCUUUGACGACAUGUCCAUCAGCGACGACGACACAUUGAAAGGUUGCCUCGCAAUGCUGUGUGAUCUCAAGAUCGUCGAGACUUUUCAGAUCGACUAUCUGACGCUAUGUCGAUUUGUGCUGACGAUCAAGAAGAACUAUCGCCCGGUGAUGUACCAUAAUUGGAGACACGCGUUCAACGUGGCGCAGACGAUGUAUGCGAUGCUCAAGAAACCAUCGAUCGGCAAGUACUUCACGGUUAUUGAGCAAUACGCGCUUAUUGUAGCUUGCUUGAGUCACGACCUCGACCACAGGGGGACCAACAACUCCUUCCAGAUCAAGAGCGCAACUCCGCUGGCCCAACUAUAUUCGACGUCCACAAUGGAGCACCAUCAUUUUGACCAGUGUAUCAUGAUUAUCAAUAGUCAGGGUAAUGAGAUCUUCAACACACUGUCAGCUGAUGAAUACAACAAGAUCAUCAAACUUCUAGAAGCUUCUAUUAUCGCCACGGACCUCGCAUUAUACUUCCAGAGAAGAGGAGACUUCUUCAAGAAAGUCGAGAAUCGCGAAUUGGACUGGAGCGACGACAGUUCCAAAGACUUGUUAAGAGCCAUGAUGAUGACCGCCUGUGAUCUGUCCGCCAUUACAAAGCCAUGGCUAGUCCAAAAGCGGACUGCACAUUUGGUAGCUGAGGAGUUUUUCCAGCAAGGAGACCUUGAACAGGAAGAGCUCCAUUCUACCCCCCUCCCGACCAUGGACAGGCGCAAAAAAGAUGAACUCCCACAGAUGCAAGUUGGAUUCAUAGAUGCCGUCUGUCUGCCUCUAUAUAAGGCCUUUUCACAGUUUGAUGACAAUUUGAAAGUCCUGAAGGAUGGAUGCAGGGAAAACAGACGACAAUGGCAGAAGUUAGCCGAGGAUCACAAGGCACGUGAGAUCGAUUGUGUAUGGAAGAAACGAUUUUAGACGCUUACAAUGCACAGGGUUGUUGUGGAGGAACCUAACAGGACUCGAUAUCAAAAUGGUCAGCAACAUCCCACUGGUGGUCACAAAUAGGAUAGAUUGCGUUACUCAUGACGUUACUACCAUGUACCAAGAAUGAUUGUAAAUAGUUUAGCUAUCUAGUCGUAAAAUCGAGGGGUAGUCAAGAAGUUACCGCUGGUCGUGUUGCAUCAGAGAGCCUAGCGUUCAAUUGCCUUUUCACGCAAACGUACAUUUUGGCAUUCACAUGCCACCGUUUUACGUAACGCCUGCGUAGCAAGCGCAAGGGGCUGGGGAAAAGGAGGAGAGGUCGACUGCAAGCGCUCCUUCGCCCAUUUCCUCCCCAUCAUCCUUCGCGCGCGUCCAGCCCGCACAUCACUGUUUGCAUCACUGUUUGCGCAUCACUGUUUGCGCUUGCAGCGCAGGCUACACCGGUUAUGGAUGGAGCCAUUUGGCAGGGAUUUCAACCUAAGUAGUUAUAUUAUGGUUCUCUUUUUUCCUGCAUUCACGGGCUAGGGGUUAUUGACCAAAUAGUUCUAGAUGAUGCCAUAUAUUUAUUUAUAAAUCGUAUUCAAAGAAAGGCAGACAUUGAUCUGACCAAUAACGUAUUUACUUCACUGACAAAGUACAAAAGGGCGUAUCUUCGGGGAAAAUAGGUUAUUUCCUUCAAUUGACUUAAUAUAUAUCAAUUAUUGUGUGUUCUACGAUUCAUUUUGUUAUCUAGCCCCCUUUUAAAUGUAGCUAUAUACAGCCAAAUGUAGUUAUUAGUAGCAUUUGUUCCACAGACCUCAUUCCCAAAUAGAGAACCCAGACUCUUGGUAUGUGAAAAUGCCUGAAAUUACAUUGUUUGUAUGAGGAUAUAGAAUGAAAGAAUGUCAAAUAAUAGGGAAAGAAAUAAAUAUAGAUUCCGAAUGCCCCUGUGUUGGCUCACUAAGUAUGUUUCAGGCCUAUAGGACGGUUAUUGGCGUUGUUUUGUUUUGUCUAAUUCUAACUCGCCGUACAUUAAUCUCAAGAGAAGAUUUCACACACCAGGAGUUUGGGCUCUGUGACUGUAUUGAACGCCAAAAAAUCGAGAUAGAAAGGCGAGAGGUCUCUCAUCUUAUUCUUGAGCAGUAAACAGCAGCAACAUCGCCUAUUAUUAGUGGCUUUCUGCUCAUAGGACCACGUGACAAGGGAAAUGAAAGCGUUCUAUUAGCCUUCUCCGCAUGCAUUUCAAAGAGCAGAAAAAGAAAGGAUUGGGUUUCCUGUGGCAAAAAAGUGACAAACCGGAAGCGCUACUCUCUACUUCUCCUUAGUCUCCCUCCUCCGCCAUUUCGCCGCCACAGGUAACCCAUUCUUUCCGUCAUUUUCAUUAUAAGUUGCAUGCGGAGGAGGCUAGCGUUCUACGUCAUAUAUCAAAGAUGGUGUACAUUGGAGGCGGGUAUCAGUUCAAGGGUAUUUUCGUAGGUUCAAUGUAACCUUCCUUUUAAGUAAAACGAUGUUUAACUUA